CAACUUCCUAGAUUCCAACAUUGUAAAACAACCUUAAAGACACCAUUUUUAUAUAUUAAACUCUCCAACUUGAUCUCUUGACCUCGUUGCCUUCGCUCCAACUUCUUUCAAUAUAUUUCCCCUUCUCCACCUACUCCUGUUCUCCUUUUCUGGGUUUCUCUCUUCUUCUCCAAUGGCUUCUCCCUUAUCUCUGCCAACUCCCUACUUCUGCAACAUGAAAAAUGUCCAUCCAGGGGACAAAGCCCGAUCUUGUUCUGACAAGAUCUUCUCAUCAAAUGUAAACAUCAAAGAGCAAAACUAUGGCAUUUUGCCACAAAGAUAUGAUCUUUAUAGGCCUUUUUCCCAGAAAACCAGACUGAAACAGAUUCCUCUAGGAACACUCUCAUCCAUGGUAUCCAUGGCAGACUCAGACCAAAUCAUUCCUCAGGAAGAGCCCUUAUUAGGCAAGGGUCGCAGUCGAGAAAUGGAGUUUAAUCGAGUUAAUUGUCUCGUGUGGGUAUUGCACGAAUCUGCAAGAAGCUUUUCUGCUGCAGCACAGACACUUAAACUGGGUAAAAGUGAAGCAGAGCUUGCUAUGGCAUGGAAUGGAGUAGAUGUUCAUGCUUGGUAUAAGAACAUUGCAUAUCAGGUAGCAUUUUAUGCUCUGCUGAAAGCAGCGAUAGAAGUGGAAGUAUUUCUUUCGCAUAAACGCUGCAACAAUCCUUCUGUUAAUGAGAGUCUAUCCCCAAUCAUAAACUUUCUUGGAGAGCAAAUAGAAAGUCAGCUAAAUAUGAGGAAUCCUAAGCUGGUUCAGUGGUUCAGAGUGGUUGAGCUGCCACGCAUAGCCGAUUUUUUCAUCCCCUUGUUCAAGAAAUGGUCUAUGGAAUACGCGGGGAGUGGAAUUGCAGGAAUAAUCGUGGCUAUAACUUGUUGUGCUGCACUGCAAAAGUUAUGUUCGGAAAGAAUUUCUUGUCCUCUCUUUUUGCUUAAAAUUGAGGAUACAGUACUAGAGCUCAUGAACUUGUCAGACAGUCUGGUUUCCAUCGAUAAAUUUCAUCAUUUAGCAACCGAGGCAGGGUUUGAAGAGGAGUUCCUGUCUCAUUUUGGAAGAAAGAUCCUACCAAGUACAAGCAUUGAAGAUGUGGAAUUUUGGAUAGGAUUAGUUCAGAAGAAACUAAUCAAUGCAUUCCACAGAGAAAAUGCAAUUGCAGACAAGCAUGCUUUUCGCGACAAGGUCCAAGAGAAUAGUUUGGCCACUUUGGGACUUUUUGCAUAUUUGGGAAGAGAGACAAGGUUGUUCCUGUCAGAAAUGGCUAUCAAGGAUCUUGAUGAACAAACCAUGGAUUUUCUCAGCUAUUUAGAAUGUGGUAGCCUUCAAACAUAUCCAGAAUUCUCAACUCUUGCCCAGUACCAGCUCUUCAUGGAGGUGAUAACCGAUGAAAUUGGAUGGCUCGACUUUUAUGCUGCAUAUGCUAGCAAGUUUUGUGAUAAAAGAAGAUCCAAACAGCAUGCAAGUCAAGCAGAAACCGAAAUCAUUCUGUAUACUGUUCUGACAGUUUGCUAUGAUGUUAUAUGUGGAUUUGCUCACUACAACAAUUCCCUCCAGCAAGCCUUAGAGCCAAAUUUGUUAGACUUCUUGCUUCACAGUCAGAGUCUGCUGUCAACCUGUUUGGAAGACUUCUGGGCUGCUUAUGACAGAAGAGGGGAACUGCAAACAAUUGCAGAAAAAGGUUCAUCUGCAGAUUUACUGAAAAGAAGUGGGAUAAGUUCACCCUUUAGUUUGGAGGGGAAGCAAGCUUCAAUUGAUUUGGUAAAGAGGGAAAAAUAUCAAUUUGAACCUAGAUUGCAGCAGGUGUCAAGGGCAGCUGUGGUGGAUGCUGAUAUGGUAGCAGAGUCGAGUUGCUCGUCAUCCUCGUCGACCUCAGAGCCUCUGCACCAGAAGUUAAUCGGAAAAUCCAUGGCCAAACUUAUAACUGCAAGUCAAAAUGUGUUGAUGGGUACUCAGCUGCUCUUCAUCGACAUCUCGGAUGCUUUUGGGCUUCUUGUUAAGCAACUGAAAGGCCACUUGCUGACCAAAAGGGAGAGGAAGAAGAUGAAACAAACACUAAUUGAUAUCGCCACGCUUGUUCCUGUCACCAUUCUGAUGCUGAUUCCUAUAUCUGCUGUGGGUCAUGCAGCCAUGUUUGCUGCAAUGAAGAGAUACACACCUUGUUUGAUUCCUUCUCCUUAUUCCUCCAAGCGAAUUGGUGUCGUGAAACAACUGAAGAGAACCAAGAAGAUGGACAUCAAACUGAGGAACAGUAUUGAAGAAUCUUCUUCUAAUGCUGUCAAUUAGAUUAUAUUAAGGAUUUUUUUCAUUCUUUUCGGUCACAUGAAUGUUGGAUUAAUUUCACAUUUGGUCAUCCACUAUUAAUUUUUUUUA